CGUCGACUGCGAAGGAAGCGGCGGAGAUGAAGAGGCGGACGGUCCAUGGCAGAUUUGGUGAGCUUUGGAUUUCGGCCAUCUUGUUUUGCUGUUGACUAUGAACAAAGUAAUUAAGAGUGAAGCAGUCAAGCAGCGAAGGUAAUAAUUAACAAGGUCAUGGUUUGGAUUGGAGAGAUUGGCAUCAUUGAUUAGCGUGGAGGAGUGAAGUGCCUGUGCUUGAUACAUCCCAUAGAUGUGUAUAGAGAGGGCUUAAUAUCUUUUGUUGAACUUGAUUUCUCAAUUGGUGGGAUUGGGAAAAUGAAGACAAUGGAGGUACUACCAUGGAAUACUUUAUGCAACAUCUUAUAGUUGGGGACUUGAGGUUCUGACUGGUAAUGUUCUUAUUUUUGUUGCUAAAUUAAUGAGGUUUGAGGAGAAAAUGUGUGAAUGAUAAUAACGGGAUUGGAGAAGCAAGAUGAUGGAUACGAGGAAGGAGCAAAAAUUAAUGUAUAUAUGCAAGUCAUAGAAUAAAGAUGAAAAUUAAUUGAAGGAUGAUCAUGGGUUACACAGUAGAGAAUAUUAGACAAUGGAGAAAAUCUGCUGAACCUUCCCGCUGCUCACCCAGUUCGGACCCAUUCAUACUCUUCUAGAUUUCUAGUCUUCCUCUAUAAAGCCCUGCGUUCCAACAUGACUGCUCAGGCCGGUUCUUAGUUAAGCAUUUCAAUUUCAAAGGUGUUGCCUUUUCCAAACAUAGUAGCAGGUUAUCUGGUUUGGCCUCCUAAUUCCCACCACCACUGCCGUGGUUGACCGGCACAGGCAUUCGCGUGUGGACUGAUCUACUUUAUUUUCAUGAUAUUUAAAUGGACAAUAAAUGAAAAAUCAGAAAUUGUUUUUAAAGGUUUUAAUUUUCUAAUGUGUGCAAUGAUUUCACAUUCUCAACAGUCACAGGAGUUAUAUGCUGUAUGUACUAUAGGACAGUUUUGAAAAAAAUAUCUUACUCCACGACAUGAAGAGCGAGGAACACGAGGGAAUCCACACUAAUAAAAUAUACUUUUUGACUGAAAAGGCAACACUUCGGUUUUUUUUUUCUCUCUUUUUUGUGGUCAAAAAGGGAACUCGCACAACACCUUUGUAUCUAUCAUUAUAUCCUUUUCUUUGAGCUAGUAUUCUCUCAGUCUUGCUUGCUUGCUUCUGAUCGAGUUACUGCUGAUCGGGACAAAUUAAGCAAUACCUGUUCAUUUAUCGAUCAACUACUGCUGCUUCGUGAAUCGUGAUUCGCAUGUUUGAAGACUGAACCGCAACUUCAAAUUCACCCCAAACUCAGUAGGACACUAGGUUCAAUUGGGAAUGAGCAUACAAAGUUCUUCACCUCAGUGGCAAUACGAUGUCUUUUUGAGUUUUAGAGGCAAGGACACUCGAAAGGGUUUUACAAACUAUUUAUACACUGCAUUGGAUCAUCAAAAAAUAAAAACUUUCAGGGAUGAUCCUGAUCUUGAAAAAGGGGAAGUUAUUUCUCCAGCACUUUUUGCUGCAGUUAAACAAUCAAGAUUUGCCCUCAUUGUUCUCUCACAAAAUUAUGCAUCGUCAACAUGGUGCUUGGAUGAACUUGUAAGAAUUCUUGAAUGCAUGAAAGCAAGAGAAACGGUGCUGCCAAUUUUCUAUGAUGUUGAUCCCUCUGAUGUACGAAAGCAAACAGGGAGUUUUAGAGAAGCCUUCGCUAAUCAUGAAGAAAGGUUUAGGGAUGAGAAUGAGAAAGUGCAAAGGUGGAGAUAUGCUUUGACAGAAGUGGCAAGUUUCUCUGGGUGGAACUCCAAGGAAUGGAGGUAUGAAUCAGAGCUCAUCAGAGAUAUUGUUCAAGUUAUACGGAGAAAAUUGCAAGCUACAUCAUUCAGUUAUGCAAGAAAUCUAGUUGGAAUUUACUCAACAGAACUGCAGCCACUCAAUUUGCUUUUAGGUGUAGGGGUGGAUGACGUUCGCUUCAUUGGGAUAUGGGGAAUGGGCGGGAUUGGUAAGACAACUAUGGUAAGAGCGGUGUUUGAGAGAAUCUCUCAUGAAUUUGAAGUUAGUUUCCUUCUUACUGAUGUUAGAGAAUCAGUUGAAAAAAGAGGUCUACUUAAUCUACAAAAGCAACUUCUCUCUGGGAUUUGGACAGAAGAGGCUAACAUAUCAGACCUUCAUGAAGGAGCCACCAUAAUAAGGAGGUUGUUACGUCACACAAAAGUUCUUCUCAUUCUUGAUGAUGUGAACCAUUCAAGCCAUUUAAAAUUUUUGGCAGGAAACCAAGAGUGGUUUGGUUCAGGGAGUAGAGUUCUUAUCACAACUAGAUAUGAGCAUUUGUUGAUUGAACAUAGAGUGGAGAGAAGAUUGAAGAUCAAAGAAUUCAAUGAUGAGGAUUCUCUUCAGCUUUUCAGCUUGAAAGCAUUCAAAGGAGGUCACCCUGAAAAAGAUUUUCUUGAGUUGUCUAAAUCUGUUAUAAAUUAUGCCAAAGGUCUCCCUUUAGCUCUUGAAGUACUGGGUUCUUUAUUGCGUGGAAGAGAUCUAAGUGGAUGGAACAGUGCAUUAAGAAAACUAGGAAGAAAUUGCAACUUGGAAAUUUUUUGCAUACUUAAAACAAGUUUUGAUGAUCUAGAUGAUGAAGAGAAGAAAAUAUUCCUAGACAUUGCAUGUUUCUUUUGCGGAGAGAAAAAAGAUCGGGUAUCAAAAGUAUUGAUCGGUUGUGAUGUUUCUGCAAUUUCUGGAAUAGAUGCUCUCACCGAAAGAUCUCUCUUGACUGUUUCAUAUGGAAGACUACGAAUGCACGAUUUGCUCCAAAAAAUGGGUCGGGAAAUUGUCCGCCGGGAAUCUACUAAUGAGCCAGGCAGGCGCAGCAGGUUAUGGGUUCCUGAAGACGUCAAACAUGUCUUGACCAAAAAUACUGGAACUGAAGCAAUAGAAGGCAUUGUUCUCAACUCAAGUGAACCUGGAGUAAAGGUGGACGUGAAUGCUAAAUCAUUUUCGAUGAUGAACAAAUUGAGAUACCUUAUCAUUAAGAAUGGGAACCUAUCAAAUGGGCUUGAAUGUCUUCCUAAUAGUUUACAGAUUCUUGAAUGGACCGGAUAUCCCUUGAAAUCUCUCCCAUCGCAUUUCAACCCAGAGAAGCUACUAGAACUGAACAUGUGCCAUAGUUGCAUCAAACAUUUUCUGUUGGGAAUAAAGCCUUUAUACAGGUUGAAAACCAUUAAACUCAGCAACUCUUUGAAUCUUGUCAACACCCCAAACUUUCAAGGUAUGCCAUAUCUUGAGCUUCUGUUUCUUGAUGGUUGUACAAGAUUGUGUGAGGUUGACCCAGGGAUUGAAGUGCUUGAAAAACUUACUUUGCUGAACUUGAAAGAUUGCAAGAAUCUCGUGCAUUUUGCAAGCAGUGUACGUGGCUUAAAAUCUCUCAAAGUUCUUAAUCUUUCUGGUUGCUCAAAGCUUAAGAAACUACCGAAUGACAUGGGUCAUUUAGAAAGUUUGGAGGAGCUUCAUGUGAAUGGCUCUGGCAUAAGAGAACUACCUUCCUCUGUUGGAAUGCUUGAAAGACUUCCUCUGCUGAAAAUGAAAGAUUGCAAAGAUCUCGUGUGUCUUCCAACUAGUAUCGGUGGCUUAAAAUCUCUCAAAGUUAUUAAUAUAUCUGGUUGCUCAAAGCUUGACAAAUUGCCCGAGGAGUUGGGCCAUCUGGAGUGUUUGGUAGAAGUUGAUGCGAGUGGAACUUCUAUACGAGAACUACCUUGCUCUAUGGGCAUGCUUGAAAGACUUGUUUCUUUGUCCUUGAGAGAUUGCAAACAUCUUGUGUGUCUUCCAAGCAGUGCAGGUGGCUUAAAAUCUCUCAAGGAUCUCAAUCUUUCUGGUUGCUCAAAGCUUGAUAAAUUGCCAAAUGAGUUGGGUUUUGUUGCCUGUAUGGAGAAGCUUGAUGCGAGUGGAAGUGGCAUAAGAGAAGUGCCCUUCUCUAUUGGUCUUUUGAAAAACCUCAAAGAAUUAUCUUUUGGUGGUUGUAAAGAACAGUCACGUAAAUCGUGGAAUAUGAUGUUCAACUCCCUUCAGUUUUUGCGAAAAACAAGUUGCAUUCCAGCAGGAUUGUUAUCUGGUUUGCGUUCAGUAACUAAACUGGAUCUAAGUGACUGCAAUCUUUCUGAAGAAUCAAUCCCCAGUGAUUUUGGAUGCUUAGCCUCAUUGAGAAGUUUAAAUUUGAGCAAAAAUCAAUUUGUUACACUCCCCGAGAGCAUUGGCCAACUCUAUAGACUUAAAUAUCUUUACUUGGAUUGGUGCUGCAAGCUUCGGACGUUACCAGACCUUCCAUCUCAUGUAUGGGUAAACGUAAGCAACUGCUUUUCAUUAGAUACAUUGUCCAAUCCAAUAGGUCAAACCAAUGCGGUGCUAGAAGCAACAUGUGUUAACUGUUUCAGACUGGUGAAGAAUGAAAGAUAUAAGAGUACAGCACUUUCAUUGCUAACACGCUACCUGAAGAUUCAACAUUGUGGUUCUUCCGUACAUUUUAAAGAAGCUAGAUUUCACUUUGUUGCUCCUGGAAAUGAAAUUCCAGAGUGGUACAAUUACCAAAGAGUGGGGUCUUCGAUAACUGUACGGCUGCAUCCAGGUUGGUUUAGUGACAAGUUUAUGGGAUUCGCCUUGUGUGUUGUUUUUAGACUCCUGAAACCACUCCCGCCUUUGGCUGAGUGGUCCAUUAAUCGCUCACUGAGGGUCAAUGGACAAUUCUUGGAGCCUUUUGGUAUAUUGUUUGGGGGAAAAUGGGGUCAACCUGUGUCAGAUCACAUUUGGUUCUUCUAUGUGCACCGUGAUGAAUACUAUAAACAAGUGUGGCAGGAUAUCUACUAUGAGCUUGUAUUCUCAUUUAAAUCCAUCCAUAAGGUGGAAAAAUUCGGUGAUGAAAUUGUGCAAGUGAAGAAAUGCGGGGUCCGUAUGAUAUAUGAGGGGGAUAUUGAGGAGCUUUGGGAAACAUUAUUUAAGCAGAGCAAUACCAAGCGAGGCCUUCAACACUACUAUGAUGAUGAUGAUGCAGCAUCAAGUUGUACUGGCAAUACCAAGCGAGGCCUUCAACACUACUAUGAUGAUGAUGAUGCAGCCUUUAGUAGUACUGGUACCGGUGCAAGUCAGGAAGAGGAAGAAGAACCUCAUCCAAAAAGAUUUAAACGACUUGAGCUUUACGGAGCAGGACCUAGUGACCAGAAACAUGGUUAAUGCAUUGUUUUUGUUUGUUAAAAUUUAUUGUCUUCGUAUCAACCCCCGAACUAUCCACCGCGUUCGGCCCGAACACAUUCACUACCGGGUGGUCCCGAUCAGAACCCUCCGGCAAAAACGCCUUCCACAUCCAGUCCGUCCGCUCUACGUUCACCAGCGGCACACUCUUCAGUCUCGUCUCCGAUUCCGUCCACUCCUCUCCACCGAAAAACGGCUGAAUUGCUAAGAUUCCGACCACGUUCAGAUCCCGAAACUCGUGCCCGCUCGCUAUGAUCGCCAAGUGGUGCGCUAUGUUCCCGCCGGCGCUGUCCCCGGCCAGAAAGCACUGCCCGAGAUUCGCGCCCUCGAACAAGCUGCUUUGACUGUCGUCGAUGAACUUGAGGACGUCGAAACCGUCGUCGUACUGGCACGGAUACCGAUGCUCCGGCGCUAGGCGGUAGUUAACAGAGACGACGACGGCGGGGAGCUCGCGAGCGAGGCGCUGACAGAAGUCGUCUUGAAGCGGCGGACAUGAAGGCGAACCGCUGCCGUGGAAGAAGACAGUGAUGGGGAGCUUGGUGGUAGCAGCGGUGGGAGUGUAGAGGCGGAACCAGAGGUUGCGGAAAGGGUCGGCGACGACGACGACGACGACGACGACGUUGGAACUCUUGAGGUUUAUGUGAGGUUUUGUUAAGGGAGAGGGUUUGUAGUCGAAUAAGUUAAAGAGGUUUCUCGAUAUGUUAUUGGAGGGGCGGA